CGCUCACGUUCAUACUGCAAAGUAAACAAACGCGGCAUCGCGCAGCAGUGAUAAUAGUUUCUCUUGGCAAUGUUUUCCGAGAAAAUACGGCAAUUAACUCUGCUGCUGGAGAAGCAAGAGUUGGAGGCACCGAGCGGGAUCGUUUCGAUACAGCUUUACUCCGAACUGUUCGCGGCUUACCUCUACCAGAAUGAUCUUGCCAGCGCCCGGUUUCUUUGGAAGCGACUGCCACCGAGCAUGAAGAAAAGCAACGCGGAACUCGAACAGAUGUACAAGGUUUACGUGAGCCUGUGGAACAACGAUACGACCGGCUUCUACAAGGCCAUCAACCACGACUGGUCCAAGCACGUGUCGGAGCUAAUGUUUGAGCUGAAGGAGAAAAUACAGCAGGAAACCAUAGCGCUGAUCGGGCGAGCGUACAGCUCCAUCUUCGAGAACGUUUUCGCCGAGAUGACGAACCAAACGCCGGACAUGAUCGUCGACACCUGUAAAGGCUUAAGCUGGGAGAUUAUCGAAGGUCCGCAGCCGCGGCUCAUCAUCCCGAAGCGAGCGGUCGAGGAGAAACCCAUAAUGGUCAGCUCCGAGGAUCAGUUGCAGAAGUUGACCGACUUCGUGUCGUUCCUCGAGAAUUAGGGGCAUUGGGGAAACGAAUCCGCUUGAACUGUAUAGAACUGCUGAACCCGUCAAACACAUUUAAGUUGGUGAUAUGAUUUUCUAAUAAAUCC